CUCUUCCUCUUCAAGCACCAGUAGAGACUCUUCUGUCCUAUCUCCUCGAUCCCGCGGCGGGUCGGACGAGGGCUUGCGCGGCGGAGGGAGACGGGAUGGAAGAGGCGAGCACUUCGGCGUCCGGCGGGCGCGCCUUCCCGCGGGCGAGAUCGGGACUGUAUUAUAGGUUUACCCAACAGAAUCUUCCAGCUUGGAAACCGGCAAUGACUUCAGGAUGUUUGAUAGCCAUGUUCUUGAUAAUUGGAGUCGCCUUUGUGCCUUUUGGGCUUGUUUGUCUCCAUGCUUCGAAUCAUGUUGCAGAAAUCAUUCACCGCUAUGAUGUUGACUGUAUACCUAAUGGUUACAAAGGAAAUAAGCAAGCUUAUAUUAAGGACAGCUCGAUUUCAAAGAACUGUACUCAAGAAGUGAAGGUUCUGAAUCAUAUGAAAGCACCAAUUUAUGUUUAUUAUGAACUGGAGAACUUUUACCAGAAUCAUCGCAGGUAUGUCAAAAGUAGAAGUGAUAAACAGCUGCGGUAUGGGGAAUACACAGGUACCUCAUGCAGUCCUGUAGAAUGGGAUAAUGGUCAUCCAAUUGUUCCCUGUGGCUUGAUUGCCUGGAGCUUGUUCAAUGAUACUUAUAGUUUUACCUGUGGGUCUAAGGAAAUAAAAGUCAACAGAAAAAAUAUUUCAUGGAAGAGUGAUCGGGAGCAUAAGUUUGGCAAGGAUGUCUAUCCUUCCAACUUUCAGAAUGGAUCCUUAAUUGGAGGCGGAAAACUCGACCCUGCUGUACCACUGAGUGAGCAAGAAGAUCUUAUUGUGUGGAUGCGUACUGCCGCUCUUCCAAAAUUCCGAAAGCUCUAUGGUGUAAUUGAAGAGGAUCUACAGGUUGAGGAAACCAUAACCAUACUCAUAACAAAUAAUUACAAUACAUAUGGUUUUGGUGGAAAGAAAAGCAUAGUUCUUUCAACAACCACAUGGCUAGGUGGCAAGAAUGACUUCCUUGGAUAUGCUUAUCUUGUUACCGGUUCCUUGAGCAUUUUCAUGUCAAUUCUCUUUGCUCUCAUUCAUGUGAAGAAUCCAAGGCCGCCAGGUGAUCCAAACUGCCUAUCUUGGAACAGGAAAAACAGCAGUAGCUAAGUAUCUUAUGUGUAUGUGGAAGCCUGUAGGUACCAGCUAACAAACAUCUUUUACCUGAAACAAAUCCAACAAUGUGCCGGGUUCCAUCCACAUCAAAAGAAACUCUAUAACCAUGCAGUUCAGAUAUACAGUUCAGUUUGCUCGUGUUUCUAUUAAAAGAA